UCACUACUGUUUCUGCUAGAAUUACAAACGUAAACAAGUCAUUCAAAGAGAAGGAAUAUAUUGCACGCAGUGUCCACGAGGAAUGCAAGUUCCGAAAAUUUUCAUCGGUAAAUGACUCGACAAUAAUGUGCGCUGUGUCUUCCUGUCGCAGCUUUUCGAACAGUAUCGUGGUCACAACUUGUAAAGGGGAUGUCGUCAAAUGAAGUUAGGCCUAUCAGUCCAGUUUUGACGAGCUGCUCAGGUUGACGCUUCCUAUUUUAUAUAAGACCUCGAUGCACAGUGAAACGGAAGAAGAAGGUGAAUGUUAGUGCAAAUUUUAUUUAUUCUUCAUCACUGUCAGCUCCUGUGAAUAGUUUGACCCGUGCGGAACACUUGGCCAGCUGGAAAUGCCAUGACUCAACCUCGUAAUCGCUUGCUUGACAGAAGUGUGACGGAAUCGAGCUGCUCUACGGUGCUGAGGGGCAGAGUAUUGGCAUCAUCUGCCCAUUGAGAAGUCAUUAGAUAUGAAGAAGUUAUUCUCGCGAUUCGAAAGGAUUGAUCAAGGGACUGGCAGGGAAGCCAACAGUUUCGUCGGUAAAGUCUUCACAGUUGGCCGCACAAGUGUAACGGUAGAAGAUGUAAUAGCGGAAGGUGGCUUUGCAAUAGUAUUUCUCGUGAAAGGACCCAAUAAUGGCCGCUAUGCCCUCAAACGCAUGUUUGUGAAUGACGAACACAGCCUCAAUGUGUGCAAGCGAGAAAUUCAGAUAGCUAGCAGCCUAAGUGGCCACAAGAACAUAAUUGGCUUUGUGGACUUUGGAAUCAAUCAUGUUGGAGGCGGUGUGUAUGAGGUUCUCAUGCUCAUGCACUACUAUAGAGGGCACGUGUUGCAGCUGAUGAAUGAGAAGCUACAUUCGGGCUUUACUGAAGCUGAGGUGCUGAAAAUCUUCUGUGAUAUCUGUGAGGCUGUUUCUCGUCUUCACCACUGUCAGACUCCUAUUGUUCAUAGGGACCUCAAGGUGGAGAACAUACUUAUCAGUGACUCAGGCAACUAUGUGCUAUGUGACUUUGGCAGUGCUACAGCCAAGAGUCUCAACCCUCAAACUCAGGGUGUCGCGCCAGUAGAAGAGGAAAUUCUGAAGUAUACAACGCUAGCAUACAGAGCUCCCGAAAUGGUUGAACUGUACAGUGGAAAAGUUAUUACUACGAAAGCAGAUAUCUGGGCAUUGGGUUGUUUGCUCUACAAGCUAUGCUUCUUCGCGUUACCUUUCGGAGAAAGUGCCCUGGCCAUACAGAGUGGCAACUUUAGCAUACCGGACAAUUCUAGAUAUUCCAGGCAGAUGCAUUCCCUUAUAAAAUAUAUGCUGGAAGUGGAACCGGAAAAGAGGCCAGAUAUCUUCCAGGUCUCCUAUGUGGCCUUCACACUUGCAGGACGAAAGUGCCCUGUGCAAAACCUUCAUAACUCCCCCAUACCAGACAUCGAACAGCUGCCCGAGCCUCAACUGGACAGUGAGAGCCGCCUAGGAGCUUCCAAACCUCAGAGGACAAUGCAAGUACCAGUGGCUGAAGGGACGUCUGUGGCUCCCCGUCAGCGACCCAAGGGUUCUCAGGUGCCACCUGGUGUUGGGGGCCUACCUCUUAUUCCACAGACACCGGCCAGCUCUGCACGGAGGCCUACCCCCACUAAUCCUCAGCAACCUCCUGUUCCUGCUGUCACACCUAGUCAAGAGUACGAUUCUGUGCGGAGCCCAUGCGGUCCAUAUAGCAAGGCCGGGAUUGGGAGCCUCUUGCCACCCCCACCAGGGGCGCAAACUGCCGCAGCAUCUGCGCCACCUUCGGCAGUUGUGACGCCCAGUCAGCCUGGAGUCCGGAUGAAUUCUUCUUCUCUGGAAGCAUUUUUCACAACCUACGUGGAAACCGCAGCUGUUCAACCAGCGCUCAGCAAUAAUGCGAUUAACACGGCACCCGUUCAACCUGCUUCUACUCCGUCUGUGAGCAUUCACCCUGUCCUUCCCAAUGCUGUUACCCAACCCGGAGGAGUUCAACCCAUCUCAAGUCAACCAGGAACCGUUCAGCCCAGGAUCCAAGUGGCGCAUGACGGUGCUGUGCUGCAACCGCCGCCGCAAGUGUCUGAGCUCUCUGUCACUCCACCAGCUUCCCCAACACCUAGCCAACGGAGCCAUCGGCGUAUUGUUAGUGAUACGUCUGCCUUUGUCAAGCCAUUUGCCCAAGAAACAUCCCAGUUUCUGGCUCCAUUUGAGCUGUCCCAGGGCCGCAUUUCUUCCCCAGCAGCGGAGCAGCUGCCAGGAACUGAAAAUGUCACUCAGCACUGCCAGCAUCACCAGUGGAACCCUUUUGCUGAAGCCACCUCAAUGGAACAGAUAACUGAAGACCAUCUGUUUGGGCAAGAGUUUGACCGUAUCAGGAGAGGUUCGCAGAGCAGCAUUUCCAAUGUAAAAAGCCGUGAAAGCCUAGUCAUGAGCAGUGGUGACCUUACAGUUGACCCUUUCGGUGCGGCUCCCUUCAGUCGGCCAGGGAAGAGCAACCGGAGCGGUGCCACAAAGCUGCCUUCAGUGCCUCCUCACCUGUUGUCUGUUCCUGUACUGCCUGGAGGCGCAGCGCACGAAGACUCCGUCACCUACGUGGCCCUCUACGAGGAAGGUUCCGCGGCUGAGGUGCGCGUACGGCACUGCAGCGACAACUCUAGCGCCUCCCACGAUGGAAGCCAGAGUGGUCGCUCUGGACUGGAGACGUACGGCACUUCCCCUUUUGUCAGGGCCCCCGCUGAGGACCGGUCCAAGUACGAAAAGCUCCUGGACGAUGUGGACGACGACCACAAGGCCCUCCACGAGGAAGACAAGGACUCGAUUGGUUCGGCGAGCGACCUGCAGGCGAGGGUGGACCUGAGUGAGGAUGAAGUGGCCGCAGUGAUAAAUCCUGCGCAAGCUGGCGACCGCAGUAAGAGCAGCGACAAGCUUCGGGUCUCUGAGGAAGGGUCGACGGGGGUGGCGUCGGUAGAGCGGGCCGGGUAUCGCGACGUCUUCAUGGGACACACCGAUGGGGACAAGCCACUUUUGGAAGACGAUCAGCUCUCGGACACGGAGCCAAAACAAGCCGUGCUGGUCGUAGAUCCACGGUUGAUCAGAAGUAGCUGUCACCCUCCGCAGACUGUCGAAAUUAAGCAAAACGACCGCGCUCUUCCCGCUAAAAUGGUGCAGCUGCCCAGCCCCGAAGGAGCAGAUGUGUUCAUCAAGGCUCCAUUUCAUAAGCCUAAACAAAUGAGAAGGCACGAAGCGCGACCUCUGCUGGCAACUCCAGGGGGCGUCGCUGUGCACACUACCUCGGAUGUUCCUCCUUUUGUGGGUCAGGAUUUUUACAGCCUCCCCACUCAACGACACAUGGAAAGUGAACCCAGUCGAACUGUCCCAAAGCUGCAAGUGACGUUCCCGUCGCUGACCCUCAUACAGAACAGUUCGGAACCGAGGCCCCGGCAACAUCGGGCCGCGUCUGCAGUCUUUGCGGACAAGCCCAGCGUUCCGACGAGGACACAGAGCCACCAGGACUUGUUUGGUGCAAAACCAUUUGUGCCAGACAAUGGAACAACGGACGUCGGUCACCCCUGCAAGGAGGCACCACCAAAGCGAGAGUCGCCGGACAGUCCCGACAGCUCGGGCAGUGAGGGAAACUCGAGAAGAUUUAAGAAAGAUAAGAAGCGGUAUCAGCAGUUAAAAACUGACGAGGACAUUAUGACGGAAGAUUUAGUCGACUGCCGCCGCCUCGGCCACUUGAGGCAAACCAACCGAAGGGACAGACGAAAGACGGAAAAAAUUAGCAACGCGUUUUCAAACCUCAGUUUUGAGGAUGUUGGCAGUGAGGAAGAUGGACCUUUGAGCACCAUCAACCCGAGCUUUCAAAUGUCAUCCGUUGGAAAGUGAUACGAUUACGCAAGUGCAAACUAAAGAAGAAAAAGAGAUUGUGAUAAUACAUAAUGUACAUUCAGAACACUAAAGUGCAACUCCGCUCACCAAGAGAGGCAAUCCCCGACCCCCCCCCCCCACAAAAUUAUACACUGUAUUCACCGUGUUACACACCUUCGGAGUGUUGCUCCCACUAACAGAAAAAAACGGAAAUCUGAACCGCCCUGCAAUACAUGCUUUUGGCAGCGUACCUUCUGUGUCAGCAAGUUCACUAAGAACACAGAGUGAAGUGCGUGCCUUUUGGUAUUUGUGCCCAGAAGAAAGAUGCACGUGUUGCCUUCAGACGGACGAGAAGCAAGAAAUUCCAUACGUAAAAUUCUUUUUCGAAACCUACUGGUGGUUCUACUAUAUCCAGAAAACCUUUUUGCGCGCCGUUCGCGCUAAAUGUUUUUUCUGCACAAAAAAGGCAAUCUAGCUGUUCCGACAGUCGAAACUGAGCGGAGUUCCACUUUGAAAGCUAUAAUUAUGACACAUAGAUAUAUAAAUAUAUACAUACAUACAUACAUAUAUAAGAUUUUAUUCUUAGCUUUAAGGCGUGCUGGUCUCGAAGCCGCUUUCCUUGAAGCAGCUGAGAUGUGAAAAAGAAUCGUUUGAAACAUCAGUAUAUGAGAUAUACUAUAUUUACUCCCCUAAUUAACGCACCUUUUAAUCCCAAAGAUGUAGCACCGCUGAGGAAUAGAUUUUUGACAUUUGUAGAAUAUGGGACCCAGGCACCUUGGGGCUUGAAAAAAAAAAAAAAAAAGAAAGAGUCAUAGCCACAGUGUGUGCCGCGAACACGAAGUGUGCCUCUGGUAUUGGGAUUGAUUUUCCUCGCUCCAGUGGACUGCGAGAAUCUGCGCGUCGUCUGCAAGUGCCGGAAAAACGGUACCGGAAAGAAGAAAAGUUUCACAACCAAUAACCAACCUAUUUGCAAUACGAUGCAUUACGGUUACAAAAAGCAUAUCUUAAGAUUACUUAAUUUAUAAUUAUUGUUGCUUCUCUUUAUUUAUUUUAUAAGUCACAGUUCUUAGCCACAGCACUGCAGCAAGCGAGGUAUGCUUUGAAGACCUUAUUCUGUAAGACGUGUGCUUGGGUCCCGUUCUAAAAUAAAAAUGAUCCAGCGAGGAAAACCGGCCGUACACUACGGUGGCCAUCCAAAGUCAAGGUGCAUGAAAUACACUCGAGAAAAAGUUGCAAAUUGAUGGUGCGUUAAUUGUGAGGCAAAUAUGGUAUACAUUGUUUAUUGGAGUGUCUUAGGCAUUUCAUUCAAGUUCUUCCAGUAGGCAAUGUUGACUGAGAAUAGCUACCAGGUAGCUCAUAUUCUUUUGCUGGUGCUAACAAGGCAUGUGUUCCGUGCUGCCGCAUCUCCUUUUUCUGUGGCGUUGUCACUUUUUUUUUUCCCCCUUCUAGUUUCUGCUAUUAAUAAAAAUGGCUUAUGAAUCUUUCCCGCCCAUAA